AUGGCCCUGAUUAAGUCUGGGUGGUUAUGGAGGCAGAGCUCCAUACUGAAAAGAUGGAAGUUGAAUUUUUUCGACCUGUGGGUGGACGGCAAUUUCAUCUGCUACAAAGAUGAGAGCCGGAACGACCACGAGAGCACACUGCGGUUGAAGGAGAGGUGUAUCAAUGUCAAGUCUGGGCUGGAGUGUGCAGGUUUCUGCCCUCCAGAAGGCCGUCCAAGGGAAUGCCUGCUGGUGGCAUUCCUGCGGGAUGGAUCCAACCUGGUAAUGUGUGCCAACAGCGAAGAUGAGGCACUGUCAUGGAAGCUGGCACUGAUGGAAGCAAAAAGAAGCCCAGUGUACACAUAUGAUCCAUAUGAUGACAACUACCAGUUUGUCCCUAUAGACAGCCAUAAUGCAGUCUACAUCAGUCCUGGUUACCCUGGAUACGGCUAUGGAGAUACCCACCACAUUGUGAUCCGUGAGGAUCCGUGUGACGGGAUAGGGGAGCAAGUGGCUCUGGGGUUGCUGGCAGGGAUGGCCACUGGGGCGGCGCUACGCUCUCUUUUGUGGAUGCCCUUCUGGUUCUGUUAA